ACGGAUAUACACAAAUGUACUUGUUUAAAGAAAUAUAUGAUAUAACGAGUCAUCGGAAGACAAAAUGUGGGAUAGUACUGGAUUUAAUAAAACAUUCGAACCUUUAUCCAAUAUACAGUAAAGAAACGUAAAAAGAGAAACAAGCGACAUUGUUUCUAUUGAUAAUUGUUAAAAUCUUCAGUUCAAGCUUUAAAUCGGAAGGAAUGUUGUAUGAAGUCUACAUCGCGUUGUUAAUUGUAUCAUCAAUGUAGAAAGGGAAAGGCCUCUCAAUACAGAAUGUUAUCGAAAUAUAGCUUGUAAGAAAAGCAAUUGAGUAGAGAGGAAGUCUGACAUCAUACGCAUGGAAAUUUCGUUAAAAUAAGGCUUUACAACACUAUUGAAAAAUUAAAAUUUUAUUUGAUACGCAUUCAUUUUAUGCUGAGAAUGUUACAAUUUUUACUAUAGAGGAAACUAUAAUUAGCAUUUUUCAACAGAAUAUCAAUGGAGAGGACGAAAAAGAUAACCUGUGUUUAUCCCAAUUUUUGUGAAACUUGCAGUUUAUUUGUUAUCACUGAUCAAUUCUUUGCAACUGUAAUUGAUAUUAAAGACGAAUGCACAGAGGAAUAUGAAAACCCAUGCUACGAACCUUUCACAAAAAUUCGUGUCAACGGACAGUUUGAAGAGAAGUUUAAUCAAACACGCUGUUGUGAAGGUUCUCGGACGCUCAUUUAUAAAAUUGAAGAAAACACGGAUGUUCUGACGUCAUUUCCAGAUACCACCACUGAUCCCACAACGUCAUCAGUAGAGACCACUAAACCUUCCUCUCUACUCUCCACGACGACAACUGAAAACGUUAAUUCAACCUCAGUUGUUAAAGAAAACGCCUCUUCAAAUGAUACCAGAAUUUUGCCAAGUUCAACACCAUUUCAGUCUAUUGACAUGACUCUAUUGCUUACAGCCGGAAUUAUUGGAGUUAUAGUUCUCUUUGUAAUAAUACUUUUGUGUGUCAUGGUCGUGAAACGUAAAAGAUUGGAGAGUAAUCCAAGGAAAGAGUUGCGAUUUAGAUACGUGACCGCUGGAGACGUUCAAAGACAGAGUGACCUUGUAUAUACACAGCUAGAAGUGCCUCUAGAAGGAACUGGGUCAGGGGCAGAAUACGUAGAACCAAUAACACGGACGAGGAACGAAAAUCAAAGAGAUUCAAUUACAUGUACCAACGAAACUCCUCAAUACUGUGAAGUAAUCGACUUUUUUGAGAGCGAUAGAUGAAGAUCCUAAUUCUCAAUAACGCUUCAGAUUUGAUGGAUAGAUAGAAUUCUAUGUAGAGAUAUUGUACAACAAGUUCCAUAUCGAAUUUUGAUAUCUCAACAUUUUUCAUACUUAUUUUUGAAUUUAAAAAAAUUUCAAACAAUUUUAUAUCAAAAAUC